AUGGGCGCCCCCGGUGAUGCAGGCCGACGAGGCUCUCACGACGAUGUGCCCUUCACCGACGACCCAGAGCCCGACGCGCCGACGAGACGCGGGAGCUUGGACGAGGAGGCCCAGCUACUCGACGCCGAGGAAUUCGAGCUCGAGCCGAGGAACAGCGGCUCCAGCGCGUCGUCCAUCAUGCAGCAAAAGUUCCCCGCGACAAAGAAGCGACACUGCUUCUACGGCCCUCAGCCGCCGCGGGUGCGCACCAUCAAGCCGAUCCUGCCGUGGGUCCAGGAGAUCCCCCCGCGGCUGCUCGACCGCAUCGCCCCGACGCCGCGCCGAAAGGCCGGCAUCGUCGCCGUGUUCCUCGCUCUAUGGGUUGUCGCCUUCUCGAUCCCACUCAGCUCAUCCCGCGCGAUCAAGGACAGCUUCGGCCAGGACGUGAUGAACCUCGACUGCUCGGACGCGUUGUGGGAGUUCAAGAACGACUGCGGGCUUGACGGCGCUGACUGCCGGCCGUUCACGAACUCAUCCUUCUCAUUCAAGUGCCCGGCCAACUGCAUGGCUCACAAGCUUUUGAACCCGCAUAACGUCGGGCCUCAAGAGAUUGUGUACAAGCAUUUGGUUGUCGGCGAUGGGGUCUACCGCGGCGACUCGAUGAUUUGCGCGGCGGCUAUCCACGCGGGGAUUGUCACUGACUUGAGCGGAGGGUGCGGGCGCAUUCACCGGAUUGGACAGUAUGAGAGGUUCAACAGCUCCACGAAGAAUGGCGUUGAGUCGAUCUCAUUCGAUUCGUACUUCCCGCUCUCAUUCAACUUGACGGCAGACCCGAGUCUUCAGUGCGGCAAGAGAGAUCCGCGACAGAUCCUCCUCCCGACAUCACUAUUUUUCACCACAAUCUUUUCCAUCUUCACAACAUCGCCCGAAUGGCAAUUCUUCGUCAGUUUCUUCGGCAUCUUCGCCCACGUCAGCUUCGGCUCCGACCCCCCGACGACUUCCCGGCACGUCGCCACCGUCCUCCCGGACCGGAUCUCAAUGUUCACCGGCCGGCUUCUCCCGGCGGCCUUCUGCGCCGUCGUCAUGUACUGGAUCGCUGUAAGACGAACCCUCACCGGCCUCAAGGCCCAGUGUGAGAAGACCGUCCUCUGGCUGGGAGGUUUCUGGUUCGGCGCCUUGUCGAACUACACCUUCGCAUGGAUGCCGAUCCAGCGCCUCACCGCCCACGACAUCGAGUCGCAGCCCGGAGCCAAGCCCGCCUUGGCCCUCAUCCUCACCAUCCUCGCCUUCGUCAUGGCGAAACAAGUUUACUUCUUCUGGCUGGAGGGCAGGCUUCCCAAGUUCCUCGCCCUCUACGCCCUGUUCCUUCUCGGCAUCAUCAUUGGCCUUUCGAUACCCGGCGUCGACCUUCGCAUUCACCACUACAUCAUGACUUUCCUUCUCAUCCCCGGCACAAGCAUGCAGACGCGGUCAUCGCUAUUCUAUCAAGGCAUGGUCCUCGGGCUCUUCGUCAACGGCAUCGCCCGCUGGGGCUUCGACUCCAUCCUCCAGACGCCCGACGCGCUCCGCGAGGACGGCCCGUUCAACUCGCUGCUCCCCGAGAUCGCCAAGCCCAUUCUCUCGACGGGGUCUUUCGAGCCCAGCAUUACCUUCAGCUGGCUCCUCCCGCCGAACGGCACCCGCUUCGACGGCAUCAGCGCUCUGGUCAACGACGUGGAGCGGUAUCGGUAUUACUUCGCCGACGGGGACAGCGACAACCAGUUCAUCUGGAUGAGGAAGCCGAAGCUGGCGCUGCCAGAGUAUUUUAGAUUUGCAUACAUGAAAGAUGGCGUAACGUUAGACUACACGCCGGCGGGGACGUGGCUUGCGAACGGCACGUUUUUGAUGCCGCCGCAGUAG